AUGAGGCGGGUGGCGCCGCCGAGCCGCACCGCACAGACCGCUCGGCCGCUCACGAUCACGACCAGCAGCAGGCUCUCGACGCGGAGUCCGCGCGGGCCAUGGGGGCGCUGGUGGCGCAAGCAUGUCGUCGACGACGAGCGGGUGGUGGGCACUGUCACGUUGAAGUCCCAAGCACUGCGCGAGCUCACCACCAGCGUCGGCGACCUGCGGGCGGUCUAUCUCUGGCGCCUGAUCGAGCGGUGCAAGCGCGAGCGGUGGAGAAAACGGCUUCGCGGGACCCGGCCCACUACACUCGCCAUCACCGCGUGGCCUCGGGGCCGCAGCCUGCCCCACUGGGCGGAAAAGAUCGCGGCCAUUCUGGCCCGCAACAACCAGGCCGCCUCCGAGGCCGGGGGAUAUAACUCCGAAAGAGCGAAGGAGGCCCGACAGGAGGUGCGCCGGUUCGUACUGCACGACGCAGCACUGCGGCCGCACAUCAAUCACCUCAUGGACGUCACAUCCCACUUGCAGGAGCAGAUGAUGGGCGAGAGGUCCGGACAGGCAGGGGUGGGCAACGCACCGUUCGACGAGGUGGCGCUCAUCAAGCGUUUUGAGCCCUUCAUCCGGCGCAAGGCCGGUGUGCCGGCAGACUGGGCUCUGGUGCUGUUGGAGUCUCAUGACGGUGAUGGCGAUGAUGCGGCAAAUCAGCUCGGCUGUGUGCCAGGCCGGCCAUUCGUGGCUGUGCACUGCCAGCGGGAGAACCCUAAUGAGCACUGA